UGAUGUAACAUUGAAUAGCUUUUGUUUAAUUAGAAUGGAAAACCCCACGUGGAGACAACGUAUAAACAAUGGUGUUUACCUUGGGAACACUCUUUGAGGCAGCUCUUUUACUGAUCAACUCCAUAGCCAUUCUCAAUGAGGAGAGAUUCCUCAAGAAAGUUGGCUGGGGUAGAGACUACAGGAACGAGGGCUUCGUGGAUCAAGGUGGCGUCAAGUUCCAGUUAGUCAACCUCAUCACGUCAGUACAGACAUUGCUAAGAGUACCUUUGCUGGUCGUAAACAUCCUGGUCAUCCUGUAUGAGCUCAUCCUGGGAUAGCUGCUAUGAAUGACAGUGACUCAGAAGACCACAGAACUAUGUUGUAGACUAUAAUUAUAUGCAACCCUCAUGGCAUAUUGAUAUUGGACUUUUCAAGGAAUCUAAUUUUUAUUGAUAAACUUAAUGCUUCAAUGAGUGCAUAAUGUUCCGUUUUAUCUCCCCUCUUCUAUAUGACAUUCUGUCUUGCACUGAUGCUAUUCAUGUAAACACUCUGAUAUUCAUGGACUUGUUUGUGUGAAAUGA